CGAGGUCCCUGUUGUUGCACAUCACUCUUCUCAGUCCUCACGCAUCUUAUAAGAGAAAAUGAGCUCUCAAAUCUGCAGAUCUGCUUCCAGAGCAGCGAGGUCUCUUCUUUCUUCAGCCAAGAAUGCUCGUUUCUUCUCCGAAGGCCGAGCCAUUGGUGCAGCAACAGUGGUGUAUGCGUCUGGAAAAGUCCCUCAGUAUGCAUCCAACUUUGGAAACUCGGGUUCUGGCUUCGCCUCUAAGAGCUGGAUUACCGGACUGCUCGCUCUUCCUGCUGCAGCCUUCAUGCUCCAAGAUCAGGAAGUACUUGCUGCUGAGAUGGAACGCACUUUCAUCGCUAUCAAACCUGAUGGGGUGCAGCGAGGACUGAUAUCAGAAAUCAUUUCACGGUUCGAACGCAAGGGAUACAAACUUGUUGGUAUCAAAGUAAUGGUUCCUUCAAAAGGUUUCGCGCAGAAGCAUUACCAUGAUCUAAAGGAGAGACCUUUCUUCAACGGCUUGUGUAACUUCCUUAGCUCAGGCCCUGUUGUUGCCAUGAAAUCAGAACCUGGAACUAUCCGAGGCGAUCUCGCUGUUGUUGUUGGAAGGAACAUUAUACAUGGAAGCGAUGGACCAGAGACAGCUAAAGAUGAGAUAAGCUUGUGGUUUAAGCCUGAAGAACUCGUUUCUUUCACUAGCAAUGCUGAGAAGUGGAUCUACGGCCAGAACUGAACCACCCUUAUUUUCAGCCGUUAGAUUAGACAUAAAUAAUUACUGUUUUU